CCCACGCUGAGCAGGAGGCGUCCCUUUGCAUUCAGUUGUGUGAUGAUCUGUGUUGAGAGGAGGACGAUGCCUCUGAGGACCGGACUUUUCCUCCUGAUGGUGCUGAACGCAUCCGCUUACGAACUGGAUCAGAACGAGUCCUACUCGCCCAGGAGAGCCCGCUUCUCUGCCAACAGCCCUUCAGAUGUGGCACGCUGUCUCAACAGUGCCCUCCAAGUCGGCUGCGGAGCCUUCGCCUGCCUGGAGAACUCGACUUGUGACACAGAUGGCAUGCAUGACAUCUGCAAGUCCUUCUUAUACAGUGCUGCUAAAUUUGACACUCAGGGUAAAGCGUUUGUGAAGGAGAGCCUUAAGUGCAUUGCCAAUGGCAUCACCUCGAAGGCAUUCCCCACCAUCCGCCGCUGCUCCACCUUCCAAAGAAUGAUAUCUGAGGUCCAAGAGGAAUGUUACAGCAAGCUGGAUAUCUGCACUGUUGCCCGAUCGAAUCCAGAUGCCAUUGGUGAAGUGGCACAGCUGCCAAGUCACUUCCCGAAUAGGUUUUACGGUAAGCUGCUUCAAAGCCUGAUGGACUGCGACGAGGACACGGUGGACCGCGUCCGAACCAGCAUGGUGUCGCGGCUGGGCCCAGAGAUGACCAUGCUUAUUCAGCUGCUGCAGAGCAAGCCCUGCCCAUCCACUGCUGUGGCUGCAGCUGCCGCCAUCCCAACUGGAGUGGAGGGCCGUGGGAGCUGGCGCUGGUCCAUGGGUCCCCAUAUGUACAAGAUCCAGCCUAAUCUGCGAAACAGAGACCCUGCCAGUCAUUUUGGCAAAAAGCGCUCCGCCAGUGACAGCUCCUAACUUCCGCUCAGUCUCAAAAGAAAAAAAGAAAAAAACACUCACACCCCUCGAUACAUCACGAAAGCUCCUCUGUUCCCUAGGGGUGAUAAGAAUCCAUUCCUCCGCUAGACUGGUUACAGAAAUAUGCCCCUCUAGGGAAAGCUGGAAUGCCCCAUAGAGUUGAUAUCAGAGUUUGAUUGUUGUUAUAUUGUAAAUCCUAGGCUUGAGAGAACCCCCAC